AUGGAUGAGGAGUUGAAACAGUUAAAGUCCGUGUUGAGGUCUCUAGUGGUGUCGAGCGCCACGGAGGUCGAUGUCCGUACUUUAAUGAGAGACUACAGAAUGAUGGUCGGGAAUCAACUGCCCUUAGCCAAAUUCGGUCACAAGGAACCCGUAGGAUUUCUUAAAGAAUAUUUCAGUGAUUGUUUUUUAUUCCAGGGGCCGAAGGGGAAUCCUGUGUUGACAUUGAUUGUUCCUGAUAGUUUAAAACACAUAGAUAAGUUUGUACAAAAACAAAGAGUCAACAAUGUGAAAUCAAAAGGUAAAAGAAGGAGUGUGCAAAAGAAUAUACUUAAGCAAAAUGAAUCUCACCUAAUUGUUGAAACUUUCAAUGCACGGCAAACAGCAAGAAAUCAGGAAACAACUGUGUUAAAGAAUGAAAUAAAAAUAAAACAAGAAAUUACAAAAGAAGUUCCAACAGUCCAUAAACAAGCUGAGGAUAAAGAGAAAAAGAUUAAUAAUACAGAAAUAAAAGAGUUCGCACCGUGUUCACAGACGGCCCUUCAAAAUUUUCUUAAGAAGAGAACACCUCUAUUUGAUUGUCAGCUUUCAAACAUUGAUAAAGACUCGGACAAAGAUGGUGACUCAGGAAGAGUCAGUUCAUCAAGUACAAGUAGUAGGAGAGCUCAAAAAGAACAACUUCAUAAAGAAAUUAAGGACAUUGUGAUCCAGAAUCCUAACGGAGUGACAUGCACCGAUCUCAUGAGGCUCUACAGGGCGCGUUACAACCGCGAGUUGAACUACACCCGUGUGGGGUACACGUCCGUGCUGAGCGCCGCCUGUGAGGUGGACGGGCUGCACGUGUCGCGACGAGCUCUCACUGACGACUGGCUGCUCAGUGACGCCGCGCGACCUCCGCCCUCCCCCGCCCCCGCGCGACCUCCCCCCGCACACACACAAGCACACACGCCCGCACUACCCGAGGACGCCUUGCCCGGGAUAGACUUCGAGCCGGACGUGUUCCCCGCAGACUGUGUACACUUCCUGGACAGCAUCCCGAGCGUGUCGCUGGAGCACGUGCGGCCCGGGGACAUGCUGCAGGUGGCCGUGGCCGAGGUGUACUCGCCCUCACACUUCUGGCUGCUGCGGCUCGGGGACCAGUACAACAUAGCCAUGGAGGAGAUUAUGGAUGACAUGAACAAGUACUACUACGGCGAGGGACGAGACCGCGCUCUGGCCCUCGGCGCCGUGCGUGUGGGACAGUACUGCGCCAGCCUCUACCGCGGAGACUGGCACCGGUCCAUCAUAGUGAGGGUCCUCGACCACGACACGGUCAAGGUGCGGCACGUGGACUACGGCACGGUGGAGCGCGUGGCGGCCGGCGGGCUGCGGGUGCUGCUGCGGCGGUACGCGGCGCUGGAGGCGCAGGCGGUGCGCGCGCGGCUGGGCGGGGUGGCGCCACCCGCCGCCGGCCGCCGCUGGCCGCACGCCUCCUCGACCCACUUCCUGCGCCUGGUGCGCGACCGGCCCCUUGUCGCCAACGUGGUGGCCACACACGGGCGGGAGCGCGCGCUCGAGGUGCUGCUCAUCGACACCUCCACGCCCGACGACCGCUGCCUGGCGGCCGAGCUGGUCCGCUCCGGGCACGCCGACCCCCGCCCCGCGCCCCACCCUGUGAGUACCCCGCUUUCGUCCUCCGAGGACGACGACCCCUCCUCGGUUCACACGCGGCCGCUGCUGCUCGACAUACUCCGCUACGGCGAGGAGGCUGGCUCCAGUGACGAGACUGAGGUGUCUCAGUCAGCCUCGCAGACGGUGGGCCGCGGACCGCGCUCACUGGACACGUGGUCGGCCGGGGAGGAGGACAGUGACGGUGAAGGGGACGAACUCUCCUACACGACCGAGCGAUUGGGAACUCUGAAUAAGUCUGUCUCUAUCACGGCUCACGAGGGAGGUGUCACCAGCCGUAUGUUGUUGCGUCGCUUGAGGAGCUUCACUCCCGCGCCCCCCUCCACAGUGACACAGAGCGUCGUGAGCACGGGAACAAGAGUCUUGCAGCGUCGCCUCACUCUCGCCCGUCUGUGUACUCAAUGA